AGGAAGAAGUUAAACAAUGUUACUGUCGAUGAAUUCAUGAUGGGAGGACUUUCAUCAGAUGACUCUGAAGAAUUGGAAAGUUCAAAAAUUGUUAAAAGCACUGCAGCAAAACGAGGACCUUCGAAAAAAAAUAAAUCCAUAGCAAUGCAGAAAACAAAGAAAAUAAAACUAUCAAGAAAACCACAAAAUAUUGAGAAUGAUGUGAUGUCUAGUGAUGAUGAUCAAGGUGUAGCUGAUCAUAAAGCUUCUUUAGAGAAGUUGAAAGAGAAAGAUCCUGAAUUUUAUGAAUUUUUGAGAGAAAAUGAUGAUGAGUUGUUGAACUUUGACACAUCAGAAGAUGAAAGUGAAAAUAAUGAACCUGAAAAGCUGGAUAAAUAUCACAAAUUACCAGAUAAACUCGAGGCUGGGAGUGAUGAUUCAGAAGUGUCUGAAGUGGAAGAAGAAGAAUCACAAAAAAAUGAACUAGUGUCAAUAACACCUGCUGUUGUAGCAAAUUGGAGAAAACAGUUGCGG